AAUAGAGGACUGACUCAUGCAAGCUUGGGAACAUAGCAAAGCAAUCCAAACAAAGACAAUCUCUCCUCGAUACAUACUCUCUGCUUGGUUUUCCAUCCCUCGUCACCAUGUCGGACAUGUGCGGAAGCUGCGACUGCGCUGACAAGAGCCAGUGCGUGAAGAAAGGCAGCAGCUACACUGCUGAUAUUGUUGAGACUGAGAUCAGCUACACCAGCACCAUGGUGAUGGAUGCUCCAGCAAUGGAGAAUGAUGGCAAGUGCAAGUGUGGCACUAGCUGCAGCUGCACAAACUGCACCUGUGGCCACUGAGCACAGAUCAAACAGUGCUAUAUGCACGAAAAGAUGUAGUCGAGAAUAAUGUGAUUGUGGUGUUUUGUCUGUUUCCUGUCUACCUCUGUCCUGUGUUGUGUCUGUGUCCUUCUACCUAAUCACAAUGUAAUGGUUUGAUACACUUCGAAUGAAAACUUACUAGUGUCAUCUA